CCGCUCUCGAGAUUCCUCACUCGGCAUGUAAACCAGCUUUAAAUAGCAGCAGCCUGAGCGCUUAAUGACCCCCUGCGCCAGGAACUGAAACUGAAAUGUGAGCCGCUGCUGGGAAAGCGGAGCUAACGCUAGCUUCUCUCGCCUGCGUGCUCUGGAACGACUCCGCUAAUUACACAGCUGAGCAACAACAGUCCGUAAUGUUCAUUUAGUUCAUGCGGUAUUAUGUCUAGUUUGAAGAUUUUCGAUUAAUACUUCCUUCUUCUUCCUAGUUAACGUCAGACAAGCCGCUUUUCUCCAUUAGUUCAUUUAGCUGAGCAGCUAGCUGCACAUUUAGGUGUUAACCCGGCGUCUGGGUUUCUGUGUUACUCCAAGCUUACAGUUACUUAAUAAAUCAGUCGCUCGGUGUUUAUCGUUUAUAAUUCACCCUACAUCAGCCAGCAACAUUUAAGCAGGUAUCAUGCCUCAGAAGCGGCGCUCACAGUCUUGGCAAGAGCUGAAACAAGCUGGUAAUGACUGCUUUAAGACCGGACAAUAUGGAGACGCCAUCUCUUUGUACAGCCAAGCCAUCGAGGUGCUGAAGAAAUCAGGUCAGAAGAACCAGGAAGAUCUCGGUAUUUUAUACUCAAAUCGGGCAGCCAGUUACUUGAAAGAUGGAAACUGCAGUGAAUGCAUUAAGGACUGCUCGGUAUCUUUGGAACUGGUUCCAUUUGGGAUUAAAUCACUGUUACGCCGUGCUGCAGCUUAUGAAGCUGUGGAAAGAUACAGACAAGCCUAUGUAGACUAUAAAACAGCCUUACAGAUCGACUGCAACCUGCCUGCAGCUCAUGAUGGAACCAACAGAAUGACAAAGGCACUGACAGAGAUGGAUGGACCAUCUUGGCGAGAAAAGCUUCCUCCUAUCCCGACUGUACCCAUGCCAGUAAAAGAGAAAUUCUUGCGAACUGCAAACUCGACUGUGACUGCACAACAGAACAACCUAAACGGAAAUAAACAAAUCGGUGGUGAUGUGAAAAAGGCCAAACUGCUAAAGGAGGAGGGGAAUGCAUUUGUGAAGAAGGGACAGCAUAAGAAGGCAGUGGAGAAAUACACACAAUCUCUCAGCCAAGACCCCACUGAGGUCACAACCUACACAAACAGGGCUCUGUGCUAUCUGUCACUAAAAAUGUAUCAGGAAGCAGUGAAAGAUUGUGAAGAGGCUCUUCAGCUGGAUCCGGCUAACAUUAAAGCCCUUUACAGACGUGCACAGGCACACAAGGAGCUUAAGAACAAGAGAACUUGUGUUGAGGAUCUUAACAGCUUGCUCAAAAUAGAGCCCAACAACUCUGCUGCACAGAAGCUACUACAAGAAGUACUGAGGAUGAAAUAACCACCUUCUUUUUUUGCAACGCCUUAAGUGCCUCAAGUUAACCCAAUUCUCAGAUCUGCACCACUUCUUUGACACAUUCAGACUUGUUAGCUCUAGAUGGAUGUUUUGGAAGUGGCAAAUUUCAUAUCAUGUCCAUAUGUAUUGAAUCAGCUUCCUAUUAUUUAAAUUUAUGGGGUGUCUUUUUGUCUACACAUACUGAUCACAACUGUUUGUCAGAAAUGAACUCUCAAUAGCCUAGUUGAAUAAGGGUUUGUUAUGCAAUUAAUGUAUACUGUCAUUACAGUGCAAGCGUUUGUACAUUUAUCAGGGUUCAUAUACAUUUAAAACUUGUCAAUCUUGUUAAAUCAUUUUUUCCGUCCAUAUCUGCUCAAUGUUAGCAUUUGGCUAUGGUAAGGGAAAUCAUAAAUCCCCACAUGUUAAAAAAAAAACAAAAAAAAAACACCUCAGUUAAUUAAGCAUAUUUACUAGUUUGCUUGCAAAUAGUUCUGACAGUAACUUCCUGUUGGUUGUUAACAGCUGCCCAUAGAAAUUUUCCAACUUGGUAAACUGACAAUACCAAGAGUGUAUACACGAUAAGUACAGUUCUCAUAGUCUUGUUCUUAAUUAAAAUGAAACCAAAUGACAGACCUGCUGAAUGAUGCUCAACUUGUAAAAACAAGAAUAAAUGUUUUGCAAAUUUUGCAAUA